AUGAAACUGCCAAGUAAAGAGACAAUUGCACCAUAUCGAGAAGGAUGUUAUACACACAAGAAACCCGAAGAUUGCCACAUGCUGGGGCAAUUUAUAAAAAUGCAAGAAAAUGAUUUGCUGAAAGCGGUAAAAUUAUUCAAAGUCAAUUGCGACGAGUAUGGAUAUGCAAAAUCAUGUCUGGAAUAUGGAAAUGUGGCAUUCACUGGUGUAAAAGAGAAAAAUGUAAAAUCGGAUCCAGUGGAGGCAUUGAAGUAUUUUGAAAAGGGUUGUAGCUUGGGCAGCAGUGAGAAUUGUUUGAACAGCGGAAUGCUGCUUGUGUCACCAGUGUUGGAGAAUACUGCACUUAAGAGAGAUCUUCCAAAGGGCAUGAAUUAUCUGACCAAAAGCUGUGAAAUGGAGAAUGCAAACGCUUGUUUUUACUUAUCCGGUAUGUUUAUGACAGGUUCGAUGUCUGGUGCAGACAGUUUAAAAUCGUUAAGCAAUACAACAACACCCGAAAAACCAGCAAAUGCAUUUGUAGUCGAAAAAGAUAUGAAAAAAGCAUUUGCAUUGUCGACCAAAGCAUGCGAGCUGAAGAAUUUUUAUGCAUGUGCAAAUUUAUCCCGAAUGUAUGCGCUUGGUGACGGCACUGAAAAGGACUUGGAGAAAUCUGAACAAUUUAGGAAGAAAAGCGAAGAGUUGCGUGACGAAUUCCAUCGUCAGAGGAUUUUAGCGCAGUUUAACCAUCCUUAA